ACAAGGUACGUGGUUAUGUCUGAGGAGAUACUGAAAAAGUACCCGGAACUUGCGGUUGAAGGCACCCCCACUGUAAAGCAAAGGCUAGAGAUAUGCAACAAAGCGGUGACAGAAAUGGCAAUUGAAGCUUCCCAAGUCUGCAUCAAAAGCUGGGGAAGAGCUUUAUCAGACAUAACCCAUGUGGUUUAUGUGUCAUCUAGUGAAGCUAGACUACCUGGUGGUGACCUCUACCUAGCCAAAGGACUUGGACUGAACCCUGAUACUAAACGAACCAUGCUCUAUUUUGCGGGUUGUUCUGGAGGUGUGGCUGGCCUAAGAGUUGCAAAAGACAUAGCAGAGAACAACCCGGGAAGCCGAGUGCUGCUCACUACUUCUGAAACUACAAUCAUUGGGUUCAAGCCACCAAGUGCAGAUAGACCCUAUGAUCUUGUUGGGGUGGCACUUUUUGGGGAUGGUGCUGGUGCCAUGAUAAUUGGCUCAAACCCAGUAUUGGAAACUGAGAAGCCUCUCUUUGAGCUUCACACAGCAGUUCAGGAGUUUUUGCCAGACACCGAGAAGAAAAUAGAUGGCAGGCUGACAGAGGAAGGGAUAAGCUUCAAGCUAGCAAGGGAACUUCCUCAGAUAAUUGAAGACACUGUGGAGGGGUUCUGUGAGAAACUAAUGGGUGUCGUCGGGUUCCAAAACAAGGAGUACAACAACCUGUUUUGGGCUGUGCAUCCAGGAGGGCCAGCAAUCUUGAAUCGCAUUGAGAAGAAGCUUGAUUUGCUGCCAGAGAAGCUGAAUGCAAGUAGAAGAGCUCUCAUGGAUUUCGGCAACGCAAGCAGCAACACCAUUGUUUAUGUGCUGGAGUAUAUGAUGGAAGAGGGGCUCAAGAUUAGAAAGGGUGGUGAAGAAGAUCCUGAAUGGGGCUUGAUACUUGCUUUUGGACCUGGGAUUACUUUUGAGGGAAUUCUUGCUAGGAACUUGGGUGCUUGAACUCCCGAGAAAAUAUGAUGCAAGGUUUACUAGUAUUAUAAUUAUUACAGCAAGUGUUUAUGUGACACUUGCACUAUCAAAAGCAAAUUCAAGGCUUUGAUGAAUGAAAGUAGAAAGGAGGUAUAAAGACCCUUAUAAGGUAAAACAUCUUCCCCUGUUACAAAUUAUAAUGCUAAGAACAGCAUAAAUCUUGCAACUGAAUGAUUAUCAAAUUGGAUGUAACUAAAAGUCAGAACACAAAAUUAUUUAAAAAGGACAAUCAGAUAUAGGCAAAACACCUUCCCUGUAAAAAUAAAGUUCAUAUUUCACUCGUUAACCAACAAGAUAUACAAUUCCAAAAAUAUGCCAUCUACGUUAUGAUGGUCACCAGCACAUGCCAGAAAACAAGAGACCCUCUAAAUUUGCAAAUGAAUCACAGAAUUAACCAAUGCAAAUAAUUACAU